UCACUUUUUUCUCAAUGACGGUCAAUGCAGGGACGUCACUCAACGAAGAGCACCCUCAUCAUAUCUGAUGUACGAGUACUAGUAGUAUGCUGAUGGCUCAUUCUCUCGAGCGGUUGCUGUUGCCGGAACCAAGAUAUUACUACGGUAUCCACCCCUGUUGCCUGCAGCUGGCAUCUGGUACAGUCGGUUGGUUAUCUGCUACCGGUAGCAAAACAGAAACGAGCCUGUUAUAGGAGAAGGCAUCAGAUUCUCCAUAACUUUGUUUUCUUCAUCUAGUUUGAGGGCAGCUUCCCCCUUUAAGGAGAUCCACCUCAACCCUGAGAUAUCAUCGCUUGCAACAGAUAAUUCAAUCUUUGGAAAGAUGAUGAAUCGACUCCCCACCGCAGGAUUCGGUCUGGCCCGCCGAUGCCCGACAUCAAGACUGUCUCCCUUCAGAUCCUCAACCGCCAUUCGGACCGUUUUUGACAAUUAUUACGACGAACGAUUGUGGCUGCAGUCGGAUGAAGCCAAUCUGCGACCCGUCCAUGUUCCCAGCAAACCAGGAUCCAAAGCCUUUGUCUCGUCGAUUGAAGGUUCGGCUGUGGUGGAUUUGUUCUUUCAAUAUGCCACCAAGAGAGACACGGGCAAAACUGGUGGUCAAGCACAACAACCCAGUUUGGAUCUGGAAGGAGUCCAUAAUUUGUUGGAGGGAAUUGGGGAAUCUCAUGAUGAUCAUACCGUCAAACGACUCUUUGCCGAAGCCGAUUUGGAUAACUCUGGUUGUGUCGAUUUGCAAGAAUUUUUGUUUGCAGCCGACAAAAUUUUGGGAAGUGCUCCCGCUCGCAUUGUGCUCAUUGUGGGUGGACCAGGCUCUGGAAAAGGAUUAUUGUCGCAGCGAUUGGAAAAGGAGGCUGGUUUGGUCCAUUUGAGUUCCGGUGAUCUGCUGCGUUGUGAAGUCAAACGAGGGACUGUCCUGGGAAAACAGGUCAAGGAAAUCAUGGCACGAGGUGAAUUGGUGUCCAGUGAAAUUAUCGUCACCCUCAUGAGACGGAGAAUGAGAGAUCAUCCAGGAAACAGAGUGUUGUUAGAUGGAUUUCCAAGGUCCAUGGAGAAUGCAUUGGAUUUGGUAAAAUUAUGUGGCAAGCCCGAACUCGCACUGCAUCUAGAAUGUGACGAUACUAUUCUAAUGGAGAGAAUCAUGGCGCGGGCAGCCAAAGCAGCCGAGUCGGAAGGCAGACGUGCCGACGACAACUUUCAUACAGCACUGCAACGGCUACGGAACUACCACAAAUAUCAUGAUUCGACCAUCCAAUUUCUUAGAGAACAGCAUGUUCCCAUUGUGGAAUUGGAUUGCAGUGUCAAGCCCGAUUUAGUGUGGGAACAGUUGCUUGCAAUUGGGCGAAUGAUGCGUCCGGCGGUACAGUUACCAAAGGAAGUAGAGGAGACUGCUGCAGUUGCGCAAGAAGAUUUACCUUGGACAGGUACAAGGUAAAUUGACGGGUGGAGGAUUAACCCAACAACCUUGUAGAACUUUGCAGCAAACGAAAACAGUCAGGGAUCUGCAGUUAGAUUUUGUUCGAAGAUUUGACUGAUUUUGACACCAAACCAAUUAUAAGUCUAACUUCAUACAUGAUGUAACGAUUACUGUGUAGCUGAAUCAGAGCUCUUGCACUAUUUGAAGGCA